UCCAGCCGCCGCCUGCGUCUCUCUGGCCUCCGCCGCCCGUCGCCACCAGCACCAUGGCCAGCACCAUGUCCGCCUACAAGGAGAAGAUGAAGGAGCUGUCCGUGCUGUCACUCAUCUGCUCCUGCUUCUACUCACAGCCUCACCCCAACACCAUCUACCAGUAUGGGGACAUGGAGGUAAAGCAGCUGGAUAAGCGGGCCUCUGGCCAGAGCUUCGAGGUCAUCCUCAAGUCCCCUUCUGACCUGUCCCCAGAGAGCCCUGUGCUCUCCUCUCCCCCCAAGAGGAAGGACGCCUCCCUGGAGGAGCUGCAGAAGCGACUGGAGGCAGCUGAGGAGCGGAGGAAGACACAGGAGGCGCAGGUGCUGAAGCAGCUGGCGGAGCGGCGCGAGCACGAGCGCGAGGUGCUGCACAAGGCGCUGGAGGAGAACAACAACUUCAGCCGCCUGGCGGAGGAGAAGCUCAACUACAAGAUGGAGCUCAGCAAGGAGAUCCGCGAGGCGCACCUGGCGGCGCUGCGGGAGAGGCUGCGCGAGAAGGAGCUGCAUGCGGCGGAGGUGCGCCGGAACAAGGAGCAGCGGGAGGAGAUGUCGGGCUAAGGGGCACUGGACACAGCGGUGACAAGAACGAGUUUUUUUGUUUGCUUGUUUUGUUUUGUUUUGUUCAACUCUGCCUAGAUGCAACUUUUGUUCCUGAUCCAUCCCUCCCCGCCCCCGCACCCCCAGCUUCAUGCUUCUCUUUCCGCACUCUGCACUCCCAGUUGUCCAGUCCUGAUGGUGCGUCUGACCAUGGGCUCUCCCCGGAGGAGCCACCAGGGUGUGAGACAUGGUCCC